GCUCAUAUAAAUACAGACAGCAAAAGAACUGUGCAGGACAUCCUCCACACCCUGAACCAGCAUUCAUAACCCCGACACAAUGGCAGAUAAAAGCUUUCAGAGGGAGUUCCUAGAAACCCACAACGCCUACAGGGCAAAGCACAGCACGCCACCGAUGAGCCUCAGCAGCGAGCUGACUGCUGCAGCUCAGAAAUGGGCCGAACACCUGCUGGCGAUCGGCGCCCUGCAGCACAGUGUCACUAAGGACGGAGAGAACAUCUUCAACAUGAGCAGCUCAGCACCCAUUCAUCUGACAGGGAAAGAAGCUGUAGAUUUGUGGUAUAAUGAGAUGAAGUAUUACAGUUGGAGCAACCCUGGAUUCAGUAAUGUUACUGGUCAUUUUACUCAGGUGGUGUGGAAAGACAGCACUGAGCUGGGCGUUGGUAUGGCCACCGAUGGCAAGAGGGUCUUUGUCGUCGGGAAGUACCGGCCAGCUGGCAACAUGAACAUGGCGGGAUACUUUGACACAAACGUCCUCCCACUAGCAUAAAGGCUGUGCCAUCUUACAGCUGGCAGAGAGGUGGGUGGAGCAGGAAACAGGUCCAGUGAGGGAGGUGGAGUGAGCCCAAGGACGUCCUGCACACUCCUGUAGAUGACCAUGACACACUGUAGCUAAAUGCUCCAUGUUGUAAUGAAGUCAAAUAAAACAUGAUGCUGUG